UGGGCGAGGAGCUGUUGGCGGCGGAGGGGGUGCUGUUUCCGGCCCUUCACUUCCUGUCUCGGGAGCCCCGGCGGUCGGUGCGCGGCAACCCUGUUCGCCCUCUCGGUCCCCCCGCUCGUUCGGCCGCCCCCCCGCCCCCUCUUUCCGCGGAUGCAGCGCCGCGAGGACCCCGCCGCCCGGCUGGGCAGGACCCCGGGCCCCGCCGCCAGGCAAGGGACGCCCGGGCCUCGGCGGACGCCCCGAGGCGGAGCCCGAGGGGCCGGGGCCCAGCCGCCGCCGCUUCUCCCGCCCGCCGCGACUGCCGCCGCCGCCUCGCAGGCCCCCACUGCCGCGCCCACCCCGCUCCUGCCCGGGGCCACCGUCAAGAUGGAGCCCGAGAACAAGUACCUGCCUGAGCUCAUGGCCGAGAAGGACAGUCUGGACCCGUCCUUCACCCACGCCAUGCAGCUGCUGACUGCAGAAAUUGAAAAAAUUCAGAAGGGUGAGACAAAGAAGGAUGAGGAAGAGAACUACUUGGAUUUGUUUUCCCACAAGAACAUGAAACUGAAGGAACGUGUUCUGAUACCUGUCAAACAGUAUCCCAAGUUUAAUUUUGUUGGGAAGAUUUUGGGACCCCAAGGCAACACCAUUAAAAGACUGCAGGAAGAAACUGGGGCCAAGAUCUCUGUGCUUGGAAAAGGUUCAAUGAGAGACAAAGCAAAGGAGGAAGAACUGCGCAAAGGAGGAGAUCCCAAAUACGCUCAUUUAAAUAUGGAUCUGCAUGUCUUCAUUGAAGUCUUUGGACCACCUUGCGAGGCCUAUGCUCUCAUGGCUCAUGCCAUGGAAGAAGUCAAGAAGUUCCUUGUUCCGGAUAUGAUGGAUGACAUCUGCCAGGAACAGUUUUUGGAGCUGUCUUAUCUGAAUGGGGUACCAGAACCAGCACGUGGCCGAGGGGUCCCUGUGCGAGGAAGAGGAGCAGCUCCCCCUCCUCCACCUGUUCCUAGGGGGCGUGGUGUGGUGGGCCCUCCUCGUGGGGCCCUGGUGCGAGGAGCACCAGUGAGAGGUGCCAUAGCUAGAGGAGCUACUGUGGCCCGUGGUGUACCCCCUCCUCCAGCAGUAAGGGGUGCUCCUGUACCAAGAGCUCGUGCAGCAGGCAUUCAGAGAAUACCGCUUCCUCCUCCACCCGUACCAGAAACUUACGAAGAUUAUGGUUAUGAUGAUACAUAUGCGGAGCAGAGUUAUGAGGGAUAUGAAGGCUACUACAGCCAGGGCCAAGGGGACACAGAAUAUUAUGAUUAUGGACAUGGGGAGGCUCAAGAAUCCUAUGAAGCUUAUGGCCAAGAUGACUGGAAUGGAACGAGGCCCUCCCUGAAGGCCCCACCAGCUAGGCCAGUGAAGGGGGCCUACAGAGAGCACCCUUACGGACGCUAUUAAAAACAUGAGGGAAAAAUAUCAGUUAUGAGCAAACAGUUGUUACUGAUUCUUGUAUCUCCCAGGAUUCCUGUUGCUUUACCCACAUCAGACAAGUAAUUGUCUAACUGUUUUUCUUCGUGGCCCCCUUUUCUCCCACUCCAUCCUCACCUUGCAUUCUGGCUUCUGUACGUAGUAUUUUAAAAUGAGUUAAAUAGAUUUAGAAGACCAACUUUAAUUUUUUUAAGUGUGUAGAUUGCUUUUCUUUGUUGUUUAGAUAUAAACACAACUGUACUUUUUUAAUAAAAGUUGAGUUUAAAAAAAAGUUAGUUUCAAAAGUGACAUGCUUGCUUAACAGUUAUGAAAGUAAGGUUUUGUUAACCUUUAAGUUUGGUUUUUAAGAUACCCGUAAAAGUUGUAGUUGCAGAAUCCCAAAAGUAGGCUACAUUUCAAAAUUCAGGGCUGUUUUUAAGAAUUAAAAUCAUAAUGUAACGGUAGUGGCUGCCACCGUUUAAAAGUAAGCUCAGUUGUCAAACUUUCCUUAAAAGCAGAUUGCUGAUGAAUCUUAAGUUUAAAUUUUAAUACAAAGAUCCUCAUAACAAAUUAAAUAGUUUUUUUUUAAGUUAAUUGAUUUAAAAAAAAUUAGGUUUGUAAAAUUGACUUAUGUGGGUUUUGAAAUCUAGCCCCGAACACGCAGUGUUGAGAGAUGCUUGGGAAGCAGAUUUUCCAGUGUAAAGGGGUUAUUAACUUGGUUCUGUGCGGAGAACUUUUAAGAGAAGAACAAAUUUAAACUACUACACGGCUCUGUCUAAUUGCCCAAGGUUUGAAAUUAGAAAGUAUUAAAUGGAUAGUAGGUUUGCAUUCUGUAAAACUACAGAUUUCUCGUUUUAGGAUAUUUAGGGCAGAUAAUACAAUGCGAGUUGAAAAUUGGCAAAGGUGUCAAUAUUUAGCAAUCCCAGUGACUUGUUCAAGUGUGUCUCAACACUAGCUUUAUAUAAAAAGGGACACUGCAGCUGAAAAAAUGAGAAAUUUCACUUUGUACAUAGGUUAAAGUCCUAACUGGAUUUGUACGCUGUCCUCCCACUUUGUUCUUGAAGAUUAAAUGCUACGUGUGUAAAGUCUGCCUAAAUAGGUAGCUAAAACUUGUCAAAAUGUCUGCAGCAGUUUGUCAAUAAAGUUUAGUCCUUUUUUAAUCAAAGUAAAUGUGAUGAAUUGUCAUUUUUUUUUUGUUGAACAAUAAAAUAGCUUUUCUCUUUCAAAUAAACUUAAAUUAAUGCUAAAGUUAAUGGUCUUUUUAAAAUAUGGAGACAUUCUAAAAAUGGUGUUUUUCUGUAACCUUUACAAAAAGCUAUCAAGCUGGUGAGUGAGCUUAAUUUAAAAAGGAGGAAAAAAAAAACUUUUUUUUUUUUUUCACCCCCUGGAAGUUGUUGAAAGCAGUUUGAACCAGUACUAGAGUAGAAAUCUGACUUCUGCAAAACAGCAAGUGGAAGGAGUGUUUAUGGGCUGGAUGGAAUUAGUUUAAUUAUUCAGAUUUCAGAUAGCCUCAGCUUCUGCAGACUCCAGAUGGAGUCUGAAAUGGCUGAUUCUAAAAGUAGAAUAACAAAAUGAAGAUUGACAAAUCCAAGACCUAGCUACCAACAGGAGGAAAAAAGAAGCUUUAUUUUGUUUGUGAACACAACUAACCCUUGUCUAAAGGUGAUGCCUACCUGCUUUAAGGUAGCCUGCAUUUGGGAAGCCAGUUACAAACCCACAGUUGUUUUGAGAAGGGGGCAGGUGAUUGCUUUUAAUAUCCUUCUGGGAAAGCAUAAUAGGUUAAAGUAAAAUGCUGCUUAGAGAAACUCGAGAUGGUUUGUUGUAUUACCCUUCUCUGCAAAAUAUAAAUCUGACAUCAUAGGGGGGAGAAAUAAACUGCUCGGGGGUGAAAAAUGCGCUAGAACAUUAGGAAUCAAACUGCCUGUAGCAGUGCAUGACUGAGGGGAAUACUUUAAAACAAAAAGUUGUAUUUGUAGAUUGUUAUUAAAAUGUAAAUAACAAUUUUCAACAAUGGUUUGGAGUCAGCUUUCAGGGCAUAAUGUCUUGCUUGAUGAAAAGAUCACCCUAUACCCCCCUUUUAAAGGAAAAUUAUCGCAGGAGAAUAAGGAUGUGUAAAGCUAACAUGCAUCGCAAAAAACAAAAGGUAACCUAAAUGUCUGCUUUUAAUAGCACAUUUCUCUUUUACAUAAACUGUGACGGCAACUUGCAUAAACUUUAUUGAAACAAUUCUUCAAAUGUUAAUGUAAAAUUUGAAAAAAAAAUGUUUAAAAGUAGAUGUUUUUAAAAAAAGACCACAUGCUUUUGCAUAAAUUAGCAAUAAUUUCAAUAAUCGUGCACUUUGUAAAUGCACUGUAAUGUAACCUGGGC